AUGCUGAAACUUGUGUUUUUGCUUCUCUUCGGAUUUCCAGCUGUCACGGCAGUGACUCACUCUCUGAAGUAUUUCUACACUGCGUCCUCGGGAUUCCCAAACUUCCCAGAGUUUGUGGUUGUUGGAUUAGUUGAUGAUGUUCAGAUGGUUCGCUAUGACAGCAACACCAAGAAGGCAGAACCUAAACAGGACUGGAUGAACGAAGCAGCAGAUCCACAGUACUGGGAGAGACAGACUGAGGGCCUUGCAAUUGCCCACCAGACCCACAAAGCCAACAUUGAAAUUGCAAAGCAGCGCUUCAACAAAAUUGGAGAUGUUCACAUUAACCAGUUCAUGUAUGGAUGUGAGUGGGACAAUGAGACUGGAGAGGUUAAAGGUUAUUUUCAGUAUGCAUAUGAUGGAGAAGACUUUGUAGCUCUGGACAAGGAGAUGCAGUCGUGGAUCGCUGCAACACCAGAGGCUGUCAUCACCAAACACAAGUGGGAUAAUAACAAAGUAGAAAUGUCACGCAGAAAGAACUACUUGACCCAGAUUUGUCCUGAGUCGGUGAAGAAGUAUGUGAACUAUGGGAGGAGCUCUCUGAUGAGAACAGAGCGUCCUUCAGUGUCUCUCCUCCAGAAAACAUCCUCCUCUCCAGUCAGCUGCCACGCUACAGGUUUCUACCCCAACAGAGCCCAGAUGUUCUGGAGGAAGGAUGGAGAGGAGAUCCAUGAAGAUGUAUACAAAGGAAAGAUUCUCCCCAACAACGACGGGACCUUCCAGAUGACUGUUCACCUCAUCAGAGAUCUUCCAUCAGACUCAUCUGAGGACUGGACGAAGUACGAAUGUGUGUUUCAGCUGUAUGGAGACAACGACGACAUCGUCACCAAAGGACAGGUCCUGUCCAAUGAACCGAAACCAAACCACAUGAUCGUCCCCAUCACUGUUGCUCUGGUUGUUCUCGCUGCCGUCGUUGUCGCUGCUGUGGUUGUCAUUCUUUACAAAAAGGACGUUUUUCCUUAUUAA